AUGGCGGACAUAGGAGGGUUUCCCUUGUUAUGGUUGUUCACCGUCUAUUGUAACGUUCUUAGGCUCGCCUUGUUGUCAUUUUCAAUUGUGACAAUUGCUGCAUCCGAAACAGAGGAUUUUGCUUUUCACGCAGGGAAUUCUGUUAGCCAGUCAGCAAUUGCAAAGGAUCUGAGGUAUUUGCUCUAUGAUGUGAAUCCUCCUGAGGGUUUUAACCUGCGACGAGAUGUAUUCAUCCGUAUGGCGUCUUUGGUGAAAACGUUAAGGAAAGAAGGGGACUGGGUGUUGGUGUUGCCCCCCUGGGGUCGUCUCUACCACUGGCAGAGUCCUGACAUACAUCAAGUGCGCAUUCCCUGGGGAGAGUUCUUCAGUGUGACCAGCCUCCAGGCCAACGUCCCCGUCAUAGAAUAUGAAGAGUUCAUUGCUGAGUCAGGAGGGCCCUUCAUUGAUCAGGUGCUGGUGCUGCAGAACUACGCAGAGGGCUGGACAGAUGGGAAAUGGGAUGAGAAGGUGGAUGAGCGGCCCUGCAUUGAACGCCUCAUGUACUCAAAAGACAAGCAGGGUUACUACAGGGGUUGGUUUUGGGGUUAUGAGGAGACUCGAGGGAUAAAGGUCACCUGUUUGUCUGCACAAGGUCAUGCCUCCGUCUUGGCCCCUUUUCUGCAAACAAAUAUUACAGCAACGUCAGUAAUGCUUGACAGAGCAGAAACUGUCCUCCAUGACCAUUAUGCUGGGAAAGAUUAUUGGGAUACAAGACGCAGUAUGGUGUUUGCAAAACACCUUCGCAUUAUUGGAAAUGAUUUCAGAGCAAAGUACUUGAACUCUACAGAUGAAAAAGACCAUACUGUGUACAGUGAAGACUGGAGACAGAUGAAGGCCAAGUUGGGCAGUGCCAAGGGCGGCCCAUAUCUAGCUGUCCAUCUCCGGAGGAAAGAUUUCAUCUGGGGCCACCGAGAAGAUGUCCCCAGCCUCAAAGAGGCUGUGAAAAAAAUUCAUAGUCUCAUGAAGAAGCACACACUACAGAAUCUUUUUGUUGCCACGGAUGCAGAUGAGGAAGAAUUAGCCAAGUUGAAGCGUAUGUUGCCAGAGAUGGUGCGCUUUGAGCCCACUUGGGAGGACCUGGAGCUCCUCAAAGACGGUGGUGUUGCCAUCAUUGACCAGUGGAUCUGUGCCCAUGCCAGGUAUUUCAUUGGUACCUCAGUCUCAACCUUCUCAUUCAGAAUUCACGAGGAGAGAGAAAUUUUGGGCUUUGACCCUAAAACUACAUAUAAUCGCUUUUGUGGUGACAGUGAAACAGAAUGUGAACAGCCCACACACUGGAAAAUAGCAUACUGACUGUGUUUCAUGACGGUGGACGAAGAGUGCCAAACAGUGUUCGAUUUCAUUACUUUUGUAAAUACAUUGCAGUAUUGAAGUGUUGUGUCUUAUAAUGAAAUAAAACUUUUGUAAUUA